GACUCGCGGGCGGAGCAGGAAGGAAACCGCUCCCAAGCGCGGCGGCAGCGUCGUUCGUAGCAGUGCAGCUGCCGCUCCCACCAUCCCUCGGUUGGUUUUGCGUGUCCCCUUCCUGCAGCAUGAGUGGUCUGCGUGUCUACAGCACGUCGGUCACCGGCUCUCGUGAAAUCAAGUCCCAGCAGAGUGAGGUGACCCGCAUCCUAGACGGGAAGCGGAUCCAGUACCAGCUAGUGGACAUCUCCCAGGACAACGCCCUCCGAGAUGAGAUGCGAGCCUUGGCGGGCAACCCCAAGGCCACCCCACCCCAGAUUGUCAACGGGGACCAGUACUGUGGGGACUAUGAACUCUUCGUGGAGGCCGUGGAACAGAACACACUGCAAGAGUUCCUGAAACUGGCCUGAGCAGGGAUGGCCACAGUCCCUACCAACUCCUCACCAGGCCUUGAGGGACCUUGUGACCAACUCCCUGUCAUUCCUAAUCUGACCUUGGAGUCUUUCCUUGCAAACCCAAGCCCUUUCUGUGUCCUCCCCCUUCCCGCAGAGGCAACAUUCCUUACUCACCAACUGGUCUCAGAGAUUGUCUUAAGCACAGCCCCAGUGCUGGCUUGUCCCCAGCCAGGCCUUGGGGCUACCUCCCUGCCUGGCACUGCCUAAUGGGUAUUUCUCUUAGUUCCGUCGGUCAGGGCUCUGCCAAAGGCCCCGCACUCCCCGCUUGGGAGCAUCCUAGAGACUAUUAAAUGCCCGUUCCACUGGA